AUGAUGAAGUACACUAUCCUGUUCACUUUGCUAGCUUCAUUAGCAGAUGCACAAAGGACAACUACGUUGACAUCCACAUCGACGCUGACGUCAACCGUCACUGUCACCAGCAAGUUUGUUUGCGCUAAAUUGGUAAAUGUGACGGGCUUGUGCCGGCGUCGUCGUGGACUUUUGAUUGACGAGCCCGUCAUCCUUUCGUUCGACGACCAACUGGAUGAGUCCAUCGACGAUGCGUUUACACGGGUACUCCAUCCAGGACAGUUUGUGGCUACUAGAACGCUAGGUGCGGAAGUAACACCUUUGGUCGUGUUGCCGGAUGGCAUUGAAGAGCAUCCGGACAGUUUUUAUCGUCGCCCGAAUUCCAGUUCGCCCGAAACGAUGGACGUUAUUGAGUCUUCGAUCAAAAUGAAUGAUUCACAGAGGCGAAUGCUGGGCGAUGACGAUCCGCAGUCACGAAUUUACUUUGCCCAGCUGGCCGCCUUCGCCAAUGCGAUUUUUGACGCCAUCCGGCCAUCGACUGUCACUUUAACCACCACCAUUACUGUUACGUGGAGGUCAAGUUCGACGACGGUCGAUACCAGCAGCUUCUUCAUCAUGGGAUGCACGCCCAGUCCUCUGCCAUUCGCGAUCUGUCCCCGUAAAAGGUCUGUCGAAAGCCGUUAG